ACAAGAGUCAGCUUGAGCUGAUAGAAGGUCCUAGUUAGUGUUUGUGUCCCCAGCGGCCUAGUGUACUAUCGGGUAUAUUACCUCCCAUUUUCAUAAUUUCAUCUCUAAAAUACAUUUCUUCUCUUGCCGAGGGCCACUAAAGCGACUCAGAGAAAAAUAUAAAAGCGAUACUAAUAAGCCAUACGUGAUGUCAGCACCAGGACUCACUUACGGUUACACGGGCGGAACCAGCGAUGAUUUCCCGCCCUCAGAGUUUGGCUAUUUGGACUUGAUAUCCCCGCAGUCCUACGGCAAUCACUGUCAGACACCCCAGUAUACAGUCGACUUAUCAUCUCACCUGGAUCCUUAUCCAGCUGAACGCGUGCUUUCCGUAACCACCAUGCCGCCUCACCCCUGCCGCUAUGAAGAUACUUCCUAUACGAGAGACAGCCCUCUUAAAGCCGCUCCUGCUCCUCAGGAUAUUGGAGAUCGACCUUCUUGUGAAUACGAGACCCAAGGUUUGACUUCUUUACAACACUCACCGUGUAUGACAGGCACUACACUAGGAGAGCCAUAUGACUAUGGCGCCAUCUACUUCACGGGACCGGCGGGACCCUAUAAAGUCCAACGUCAUGCAGCAAAUGUCAGGGAAAGAAAGCGCAUGUUGAGUAUCAACAGCGCAUUUGAGGAACUACGAUAUCAUGUUCCUACUUUUCCCUUCGAAAAAAGGCUUUCCAAAAUUGAUACUUUGAGAUUAGCCAUCUCUUACAUCGCCCUCUUGCGAGAGAUCCUGGUUUCAGAAUAUGAUCCUAUGACGCACAUAGAAAAAUGUCUGAAAGGAGAAUUAAGAGGUGAAAAUUCAGAAGUGUGGAAUACAAGUGACCUGACAGCAAGACUUUCUUGGAUCAACUGGGAAAACUUGGGAGUUAAUCCUAAUUAUCGAAGUGUACUCACCACUCAGUCUUUGACAGUAGAUUCGCUGUCUUGUUGCAAUGGCACAUGACGUCGUAUUGAUUUCACUUGUUUGUUAACGUGCAAUAUUUGAUAUCAAUAUUUCACUUUGACGUUUACAAAAAAUAUAGAAUUAGAACGAGUAUAACUUUACUGGUAAAAUAUAGUAAAAGCUUUAGUUAUAAAAAAGUAUUUAAAAUUGUUUAACUUCUUUAACGUUUAACAAUGUUUGUCAGUUCUAGUUAUCCAAAUGUUAUCGUUUGCUGUUCUUCUUUGAAUAAUGUGCAUCAAAAAAGUCAAACGACUUAUCA